GUGGUUCUCAACAGUGUCAGGAGGUAUUUUGAUUUAAAGGAAAAUUUAAUUUGAGUGCAGGAUUUUUGUAUACGCGUGCAUCUAAAAAUUCCAUGAUAGAUGAUCUAAUUUAUCGGUUCCAUGACCUAAAAAUAAAUUCGUGUUUUUAUUUUUACUACAUAGUUGAGUUUUAGUUUUUAAAAUGGUUGAUCGACAAAUCCACGAUGAACAACCGACUGAUAUCACAUCCACAGCAUUUGGUGUUCUUCGUCGUGUGAUAAUAUUGGCUGCUCUUUGUUAUUUUGGAACAUGGAUUUAUGCGAUAUGUGCUGAAGAUGUCAAGAGUUGGAAAGCACUUAAUUUUCAUAUCGUCAUGUUGGGCUUUAUACUCAUACUUCUAGGUUUUAGUUGCUUCUAUGAAUUGAAGAAAUUUCGAUUCAUUCAAAGAAUUUUUGAAAGACGGUCGACCAGAGAUUCGUACGAUGUAAAUGCUGAAUAUAAUUAAAACGACUGCAUAAUUCCUCGCACCAGCUUGUUUAUCUUAAUGAAUUUUUACGAUACAUUUAUUGUGACUAUAUUUCGCUGCAAUAAGUUUCACAUAAGUAAUACUGUUUUAAUUACCUAUUAUAAUAAGAUAUUAAUUGAAGGUUUUUAUAAUUUUUUUCUAGGUAAUUCUAAAUUUCUGUGAUCAUAAGACAUACAAGGCUUUUCUAAAUCUUUGAAUCAAACAUGAUUUUAAAGUAGAUUAGAAAUUGAUUUUAAUUCAUAAAAAUUUGCAGACGAUUUUUCAAUUAUUUCCUCUUUUGGCUUUUAGUUGUUUUGUUACGUCAG